AUGGCGUCGACAGAGGUUGACAUGGAAAUGGGAACAUCAUCCCAGCACACGCCGGCGCCCUCUGGCCCCUUGAGAUCAUGGCUAUUCCCACGACUCAGUUCGUGGACCGCUUUUGGCACUUCAUACGAGACAGCGGCAUGUCCAAUUGAAGACUACCCCGCAGGCUAUCCUCGAUUCUCUGCCCUUGUGGCUUCUCAUCCUUCAUAUCACAUCGCUCGCCGAUUCACUAUCCUACGUGCACAACUCCUUUUGAUCAAGCAAGACAGAUUGUCUAUGCUGGAGGAGAGGUUGGCUAGAUUCGAUUCUAACAAGAACAAUUAUGCAUUCCUUGGGUGUAGUCGCGAGAUGAGUGAACCUCGCCGUCAAAUCCUCAAAGAUAUUGAUAAUGCUAUGGCAGAAUAUGACCGACACCAGAAGGCCAUGAGCUUGGACAUGGCUCCUAAGCAAGCAAGAGCAGAUCUGAAGAACUGGGUCAAUGGAGUCGGGUGCAUAGCACGCAAGGAGAUUGCUUACUUACACCAUACGGAGGAUCUAAUCUGCCUGAACACCACUGGAGAUGUUGCUACAAGCUGGGUUGAGUUAAUGGUAGAGCAGGGGCGUCGGCUUUACCACAAGCAUAGGGCUCAAAGCGCAACUACAGAAUACCCGCCGUCCUUCCCCCCCAUCUCGAGGGACCCUCGUGUCCAUGUAUUCCCAAUCUCAUCGACAAGAAAGGUGGCGAGGAUGCUCAUGUCUUUGUUCAUCACCAUUCUCCUCCUAAGUCCUGUUAUUGUUUGCAACGCGGUCCAGAGUCUGUCAGCCCGACUCUUCAUUAUCGUCAUUGCGGCAUCAACCUUUGUUUCACUGUUGGCGGGCUUGACCAAGGCGAACACGGUUGAGUUGGUUGUAGCUGGUGCGACUUACACGACCGUUUUGGUAGUUUUCAUCUCGAAUACAGACGGGUCUGCUUGA